GACAUCUAGAUGACGACGGGUUGCCGCAUGGAUUCUGUACAGUCACCUAUUCAUCCACGGACAGGUUUGAGGGAAACUUUGUGCAUGGAGAAAAGAACGGCCGUGGCAAGUUCUUCUUCUUUGAUGGAAGCACCCUGGAAGGGUACUACGUUGACGAUGCCCUGCAGGGCCAGGGAAUCUACACUUACGAGGACGGAGUGGUGCUUCAUGGCACGUAUGUGGAUGGAGAGCUGAACGGCCCAGCCCAGGAGUAUGACAGUGAUGGGCGACUGAUAUUCAAAGGGCAGUACAAGGACAACAUCCGACAUGGAGUUUGUUGGAUUUAUUACCCGGACGGAGGCAGCCUUGUAGGAGAAGUGAAUGAAGAAGGAGAGAUGACUGGAGAGAAGAUAGCCUACGUGUACCCUGAUGGAAGGACUGCGUAUUCUGGAAGGUUCAUAGAUGGCGAAAUGAUAGAGGCCAAACUGGCAACUCUGACAUCCUUAGAGGAUGGGAAGCCUCAAUUUGAAGUAGUACCAGGCAGCCCAGUGUACAGUUUUGACAAAUCCACUUCAUCCUGCAUUUCUACAAAUGCCCUUCUUCCCGAUCCUUAUGAGUCAGAGAGGGUGUACGUUGAUGUCUCUCUCAUUUCCAGUGCUGGAGAAGGACUGUUUUCGAAAAUAGCUGCAGAAGCUCGUACCGUUAUGUCCUUUUACAAUGGAGUGAGAAUUACACACCAGGAGGUAGACGGCAGAGACUGGGCCCUCAAUGGAAAUACAAUAUCCCUGGACGAUGAAACAGUCAUAGACGUGCCCGAGCCCUACAACCACGCUGCCAAGUACUGUGCCUCGCUGGGGCAUAAGGCCAAUCAUUCUUUCACUCCUAACUGCAUCUAUGACCCGUUUGUUCACCCUCGUUUCGGGCCAAUCAAGUGUAUCCGCACCAUCCGGGCCGUGGAGAAGGACGAAGAAUUGACAGUGGCCUACGGAUACGAUCACAACCCUGUGGGGCAGAACGGGCCGGAAGCACCCGAGUGGUACCAGCUGGAACUGAAAGCUUUCCAGGCCUCCCAGCAGAAGUGAAGCGGAGACUCCUCGGUUCAGCGAACUCAAAUGGAAACUUGGAUCUAUGCACUACCUUUGUACUGAAAACUGGACAACCAGGGAUUGUUUGUGCCGUUGCAUCAUAACUUUGCAUUCUGUGUUAAGAAAUAAGUUUCUUGCAUACUAACUAGGUUUGACUGUGUUACUCAUAGCAGAUUUAAACUUAGCUAGCGUCGCACCAGUCUUAUCUGGAGAAAUUAUUUAAUAUUCUAUACGAGACGUGAUAUUCUUUGGUAGCUUCUGCUUUUGCACCAUAUGCAAAGAUGCCAAAAGACUAGACAGAAGACUAAAAUGGGUAUAUCGUUUACUUUUAGUCGGCAGACUUAGCGUCGCUCUAUCCGCCUAGGCGUUAUUGUGCAACUGCAUUUUGCAUAUAUGCCACUUGUGAUGAUAACAGUAAUCUUUUGAUAUUCUCUACUAGUAGCAUAACUUUGCCUUUUUAAACCUUUGAUCUGAAUCUUGCAAUAGAGCAGUUUGUUAGCAUCUAGGAGGCUGGGUUUUAACUCCCCUUUCCUCUCGUCCAAACGCUGUUCUUUCUACGAAUCCUCUUUUGCGGGAGAAAAUCCUUUCUGACUAGUGGAAAGGCGUGUAUGUGAGAGUGCUGUGCGUCAGUCUCUGUGGCUCUCUAAGUAGCAUAGCGAUGUGUCCAAGCCUAAUAUUUAUCUGGCCUUCACGGCUGGCUUAUUUUAUUUAUUUUAUGAUUAUGACACGCAAACAAAGCUGUUCUUUGCAUGAAGAUUACCUGAAAGGAGAAAACAGACCAGCUUUCUGAAGGACUCUGAGAAGUACGCGUUCUGGAAGGCAGGUACACUGACGGUGUUAGCGACCGUGAGUCGGCUUGUGUAGUUCACGAGUUAGAACGGCUGAUUCUCAAGGCGGAAAUGAGUUCUUUCAAGGGAAACCUGCAAAUCUGAGGGCAGGCCGUGGAACUUGGUCGAGGAGAGCUGUACCUUUUGUACGUGUUCAGUUGGCUAAGAAUAUAGCCGUCGUUUAGUAGCGCUCGGGUGGUGAGUGAAUACGGCGAGAGAGAUCAAACUGAGAUUUUGGUGAAAGCAGAGGAAAUUGUUUCUUGGAAGACAAACAAGGGAGCAUAACAACAUCUCUCAUUGCUCAUAUUUAGAAGCAGCAGUCGAUCCAUAGCUUCAUUACAGCCGACGGUGGGGGCUUGUGAAUAUUGGUCUGCAGGGUUGUGUUCCGGGUUUUUGGGGUAGGGGACUUGCUCAUUUUGUUUGGGUACCAUUCUGAUCUUGCCUCAUGCUGUGGAAGAGAGAAGUAACGGAUCAUUUCGGUCUGGAUGCUGGAGCCCGUUUGGGACUGUGACAUUCUCUUCUUCUGGGUUUAGCGGCUCAGUGACAACUGAAAUGCAUUGGCAACACUUUCUCUAAAUGUUUGUAGUUAAAAAUGUUUGUAUAUAUGUAACAUAGCUGACUUGGAAAUUAGACCUACCCUUCUAUCGCAGCGUUUGGUUGCUCGAAUGAUCGCGAGUGUCUGGCCGCCUCAGGAACCAGGUGCUGGGCCAGCAGCAGAGGCGAGAGGAGGUUGCCAUGCAUGCGUUUGGAGAAUCUCGGCUUGCAGGAGGAACUGGGAGCACGGACCUCUCUAACCUGGGGCUCCACAUAUUUCCCACAACUGACGGCAAAGCUUUUUCAGCACUUCACUGUUUAAGCUUACACAGAAGCUACUCUGACUGUGUGCCGGGGAGGGCUGUGAGAGCUCCGGGGGCUCUUCCAGCAGCGAGCCGAGCAUGAACUCUGACACAGCCCUUUUCCUCUUGCUGGAGACUCGGUCCGAGGCAGUAGAGGUGAUGCCUCUGGGGUUCGUCUGAGUGUGCAGAGAGACAGGUGAGGGAGAGUUGUCGAAGGGCAACUGGCGGCACAGCUUUAGCAAAUCAACCUCAAUGAGAAAUCUGUUUGUUUGGGUUUUUUUGAGCUUAUUUUUUCCCUGCCUGCUGCAAGUUGUUGUUUUGGACCGCAGCUGUUUCAGCUGUUUGCAGAAAGGUGUGUCUCUCUGGUAGGAAGCCACUGCGUGCAUUUGUGAGCUGUUCUUCCAUGACUGUUAAACUUGACAAGCUUAGCGUUGUGUUGAAGUGCAAGGAAGGAGAGGGAGUGUGCGCGUGGCUGAAUGCAGCCGUGAGCUGAUGGUAACUUCUUCCACGGUAACCUGUGUUUCUUCUCAACCUCCAUCAGAUUGUUCACCUCUUAAUGCCAGCUAGGGAACUGUGCUUCAAAUACUGCGAUCUCUCGAGCUCCUUUGGCUUCUUUGCUGCGUGGUCUGAUUCUUCUGCUGUCUCCUCUUCAUGCAGACCCACUUGUUUUGAUAGAUCGGUCUGUCUUCAUACUGCGUGGCUUUAGAGAGGAGCAGAAGAGAGAGGUGCUCUUGGCGCGUCAGGUUUGGCGGUAACAUCAGUGGUUGUGUUGUGAAAUAGGGAAGUCCUAGAAGAAAAGGCGCUCUGGUGUCUCCGUAUGUUCUCAAAAGCCACUGCUGGGGUGACCAUCAAGGAAACGCUCUUGCUCUUGCAUAUGCUUGCGGCCGGCUAGCGUGCCGCAGCUUUUGUCUGCAUUAGCUCUGCUGUAGUUUUCCUCUCUGCUCUGUUAAAAUCUCUCGGUCCUCCUGUAGAUCGCUUCAUCAGUGACCGACAUUUGACAAAAGUUGUGACGAUAAAGCUGCUUUGGCUCGAUUCGAGACUGAGCCCUUGGAUUCUUCUGUGUUUUCUUUUCCUUUGUGGUCUGUUACAGCAGAGGUGGUUAGGAUGGUUUUUACCGCGGGAUGGCGAAAGGGCUCACGGCUGAGCGGGUCCUUUUUGGGUUUUUGAGAGGUGUGCCGUGGUGACCAGAGGUUGAAACACGGGUUAACUAUGUAACUCUGAGUCAGGCCUUCACUCGGCCCAUGCGUUUUGCAGCUCAGCUUCUGGGGCCACUUGAGUAGUGAGACCAGCUUUGCAAAACUGUGAGGACCAUGGCAGAACUCAAUUUCAACUUGAAGCAGAAGAAAUAGUUAUUUUGUGAAGUGAUUUGUUUGAGUUUUUGAAUACCAGUGACUGUGAAAACACAAGAAGCGAAGAAACUCUGCUUCUCAGAGUCUGGCCUGGGUCCCAUUCAGUUGGAACAGAAGUUGGAAGAUGAGCAAGUAGCUAUCAGCUGAAGCGGGGUGACCGGGUGGAUCAUGGUGUACUCUUUGUGACUGGUACUCUUUGAGACUAGAGGAUGGCAUUAGAGAAUUUGAUAAAGCUGCUUUUUUCCGGUCCGGGUCACUUCCCAGCUUCCACCCUCAGUCUGCACCCCUGCAGGUGGCUUCUGUAUCAUUCUCAGGUUGUUACCCAAGUUCCUUUGUGAGAAGGAGCCCAGAGCAACCCGUGUUAGAGGCCAUUGACCCUCUCUCUGGAGAGGUUAGAAAAACAAAUGGAUCGUCUUUCUGUGGCAGCGCUGUGUUUUGUCGCUUAGAGAGGAGAAGCUUGGUGUUCUGGAGAAGCGGUUAACCUUGGAAACGAGAAUGUGCCAAGUGAGAGCUGAGAGCUACCUGCUGCCGGGCCACGCCUGUGGGUAAGAGGGGAGAGGGCUUAGGCCUAUGAGAAGGGAUCUCACGGUGAGUCUGCUGCUAUUAUGUGACUCUCUGGGAUCUGCCGAAACAAGUAAGGUUCCUUUGUGAAUCUGAAGAAGCUUUUUCCCUAUUCUUUGGUACUAAUCAAUCAGUAAAACACGUUAGCCUUUGAAAAUCAAGUCCUAGUAGGACGUGGAUACGGUUCUUUAGCCAUCUGAGCAACGGUUCUGGUCGCUCGUUAACUUGUUCUGCGGCUGUGAGGACGCCAUCUGGGACAGGCCUCGCUUUUUCCUCGAACGCAGCUGAAGCACGGCAACAGGUGACUCGUGCCGGUUUCAGGGCACUUGGGACAAGGCACUGGGCCUUGUGAGGCUGUGUGUUUCGGGACUGCCUAGGUGGCUGACUCAAGCUGAGCCUUUCUAGGUGCAGAGCUUUUACUUGCGUCGCGCACGAUCAGCAGCAGCUGUAGUUUCUUGCUCAGGGCUGCCAUGUUUCUUGGCUGGCGUAGAAGCGGGCAUGCCCGCAGAGGCACUCUCGCCCUCUGCCGGGCGCUGGAGGAGCGGAGUAGCUGGUGUUCAGUACCGGGAACUGAGAAGCGGUAGAAAUCCUCCGUUUCCUCCCUGCUUGGCUCUAAGCCACCUCUGUUGGUGGGUUGUCCCUGUCACUGUUUGCACCUGGCAGGCAGUUGUCCUUGGGCCAAAGCCAGGGCUCUCCGCUUGGGGUGUGUCGGGGCUGUAUGGCACGGUUCCUGGCCCAGAAUCGUGCCUCGAUGAUUUCUUUUGGCCUUUCAUUCCGAUGGGCAGUAUUUGGGGAAAAUGCUGCCGUUGUGGCGAGGGGACGAGUUGUACGGAGCCGUUACCUGCUGCUUCGGCGUCUUCUCGCACAGCAGAGUUGCUGAAGGUGCAGGUGCCUGAGGAAUUCACUUUCAAGCACUUAAAGAAGAAAUUUUUUAAAAAAGAUUGCGUUGAAAGUGAUGUUGCUGAAGCAUCUCCUUAGGUGCCGGGAUGGCUGCCGCCUCCUCGCUCGGCACGCGCCGCUUUGUGCUCAGAGUGUUUGGGUGAGCAGCGCGGGCGUGGGAGCAGCUUUGCCUGCAGGCGUGAGUGGGCUCAGUGCUCACGUGUGCGUGGGGAGAACUUGUUCCUUUUGGUUCAUGUACUGGAAGCAUGAGAACUAUAUUUUUGGAACAGUCUCAUACUGAUUUUUUUCUUUUUUUUUUUAAAGUGCAAGAUUGAGCGCAUGUUUACUUGCCCCAGAUCAAAGGUUUUGAAUGCUAAGGUCACUGUCAGCUGAACAGGCCGUCCUCUCGGCACUCUGCUGUCUUCAGGCAAUCGAAGCUGCUGCCCUUUCUCUAUCGGUUUGACUGUAACUGCUGCUGGGUUUGGUGUGUUUUUUUUUUUUUCCGAUUCUGGGAGAACUAUGUAUAAAAAAUGGAAAGCAAUUAAAUGCUCAAGCCAUAAAAUCACGAGUGCGGGAAGACCCUCUUCUCAAGUUUUAACGUAUUUAUAUGUAAAAUGAUGUUUGUAUGAAAUAUUUUCACGGAAGAAUGCUUACUUAAAAAAAAUUCCAGUAGGAUUAAACCGAGUUUAAAAGGAUGUGUUUUUGUAAGAUGCAAGUGUAAUCGGUUACCGAUAAGCAGACUUUUUUUUUCUUUAGGGGAGAUGCAACCAAUAAUUGCAAAUUACCAUUGCAAGUGGUCCUUUCUGUUAGUUGGGGAAGUACUUACGCCGUGUCCCGUGUGGCUGCCCGAACUGAUGGCAGCAGCGCGGCCAGUCCCUCCUUCAGGACGUACCUCUCAGCCCAUCCCGCGGUGCUCCUGGGCAAGCGGACUCUCCCUCCUCACCGCGGUUUCCUCCUGUUCAACUUUUCCUACUGUAACUGUUCUGAGUUGAACUCUCGAGCUAAGAUCCAGACUAAAAUUGCGUGUUACUCCACAGUUUCUGCUGGGCCUUCUGCUGUUUUAAUACUCUGUAGCCCGUACUGACUGGGUCUCUCUGUUCGGAAGAACUAAGUGCUAACGAAUAAUCCUUGGGGUGAGCUUACAUGUGUGUUCACAGUUAACCCCGGCAUAUUUAACUUGUGUACAGUACUUGAUAGGUGUUUUCUGACAUUUGUACUCGAACUAUGAGCCUUACUGAACAUCUGUAGGUUUAUUCAUGACUUUUAAAAAUGGAUAACUCUAAGAAAGAUGUUUACAUGACUGACGAUUGCCCUUCCUUUGAUGUUACGAAUGAGGUUUUUAUAGUGUGUUUGGGUGUAUGUGCAAGGAAGCAAGAAACAACGUUUCUGGGGUUAAAAAAAAAAAACAACAAAACAAAACAAACUCGACAAACAUUUGUAAUAAGUGAAUUUUAAAGAUCGCUUUAAUUGCGCUACGAAGGCAACGCAGAUAUUAAAAUAUUCAACAGAA